GAUUUGCAAUUUUCCUAUGUCUUGCCUCUAUUUUACUUAUAUAUAUACCCUUUUAUAUUUCCUGUCAACACACAAAAUUCUGCAAUCUCAUCGUUUUCUCUCAUCUGUACCUACCAAAUAUAUUUUUUUCUCUCACUCACUCAUAUUAAAACAAUAAAAAACCGAUAAAAUCUUUGCUUUGGUUUGUUCUCCAUGGAUGUUUCAGGCAAACGGCAGCAAAGUAAAAAAUGUCGUCAAUAUAAGGGAAUCAGCAUGCGAAAGUGGGGAAAAUGGGUGGCGGAAGUGAGAAUGCCCAAAACCAGAAGUAAAAUUUGGCUCGGCUCUUACGAUACCGCUGAACAGGCAGCUCGUGCUUUCGACGCCGCCGUUUACUGUAUUCGCGGCCCCAACGCCAAAUUCAAUUUUCCGAACACAAUUCCGGCCAUUCCGUCUGCGACUUCACUUUCCCGUCAGGAGAUUCAGCUCGUCGCAGCGAAAUAUGCGCUCGAUCAGAUUCCCGCACUUGACAGAUGUCUGUUGACGGAGGAGAGCGCGUCGCCUUCGGCUUCGGGAUCAUCGUCUUGUGUUUCUGAAACAGAGGCGGCAAGUGACGGGAAUGUUGUUCAUGAGGAGCAGGACUUGACGUGGGAUAAUUUGCUGCGGGAUUCGUACAUGAAUUUCGAGAGAUAUCCGUCAUUUGACGAUGCUCGGUUUUUGCAGCUAACGUCUUAUGACGAUGUCACAGAAGAGCAAGUGGAUACUGAAGCUUCACAAUCCCUCUUCUUUGACUCCGCGGAUUUGUGGAAUUUUGAGUUGUUUUGAUUUUCUGUCAUGUGAAGGAAAUAACAGAGCUUUCUGGUACUGUUAAUGGCGGUUUUAACCUUAUUCCUUGCUAACUCAACGAAUAUCACCUCACUGAAAAUGGCGAAAAAAUUUCGGCAAAUUUUAGGGGAUGAAACGUGUCUAGCCUGGAUAGGAUGACAUACGGACGACUGCAAUGGUUGUCUACAUCAUAUUUUUUUAUUGUUGAAAAAAUAUGUUUAAAUUGUCAAUAAUAGAAUGGCAUCUUUAUUUAUGUAAUUACAAUAUCUUAUUAA